UACAAAAGGAAAAGGUUCAACUGGAGCAGAAGCUGGAGUACGAGCAGGAAAACAUGGUAAACCGCCUCCAGCGUCAGAUCCAAGCAAUCCACCGCGAAAAGGCCGAACUUCGCAGCCGUCUGCGUGACGACACCCACGUCCUCCUAAAAACCAUCCGCGACACCAUCGAUCUGCUGCAGCAAGCGCGCAGCGCCUCCGCCACGCCCGCCUUAGGCCCCACGCAGGUGGACCUUCGCGAGGAGAUGGAGGAGGUGAAUCGCCGCAUGGAGAACUUCUCGCUGACGCCCAGCGCCAUUCCGUCGGCGUCCUCUCUCUCCGCAGAGCCGCUGUCCCCGCUAUCGCCGAGUCUCAUGGCGCAGCGGAAGGUGAUGGAGGGAGAGAGGAAGAUGAAGGAGAUGAUCCCGCUGCUGAACGGAAUGGACCGAACUCUGAGCAGGCCUGCAGAGCCUUAUGAGUUGUCCAGCUCGCAGCCCAUGCAGUUGGGAGGAGUCAUUUUGGAUGAUGCUUCAACACGGCUGCGCACGGGGAGCAUCUCGUCGUCCCGGUCCCGUUCGAAUAGUAUUAUUGGAAGAGAAAGAUCGCGUCAUGCGAGUAUAAGUGAAUGAGUUUUUU